GCCGACGAUGUCGAAGGCGGAUGAGGAGAGGCUGCUGGAGGCAGAGGAGGCCGACUUUGAGACUUCCAAGGGAGUCAAGGUCAUCAACACCUUCGAUGGUCUGAAGCUCAAGGACGACCUCCUUAGAGGCAUCUAUGCAUAUGGCUUUGAAAAGCCUUCGGCUAUUCAGCAACGUGCAAUUGUGCCCAUGUCUCAGGGCCGCGAUGUGAUUGCCCAGUCUCAAUCUGGUACCGGAAAGACUGCUAUGUUGUCUAUCGCAGCCCUGCAGCUUGUCGACACAACUCUGCGUGAAAUUCAAGUUUUGAUCAUGAAUCCGACGAGAGAGCUCGCCACGCAAACCCAAAAGGUUAUUCUGGCGAUAGGAGAUUACAUGCAGAUCCAGGCGCACGCUUGCAUUGGUGGAAAGAGUGUUGGAGAGGAUAUUAGAAAGCUGGACUACGGCGUACACAUUGUUUCCGGAACACCCGGUCGUGUGUUUGACAUGAUUAGACGUCGAAAUCUCAGAACAAGGAACAUCAAGACUCUGGUGCUUGACGAAGCAGAUGAGAUGUUGAAUCAAGGAUUCAAAGAGCAAAUCUACGAUGUGUAUCGAUAUCUACCUCCUCAGAUUCAGUUCAUGACGGACCCGGUCCGCAUCCUGGUGAAGCGCGAUGAGUUGACUCUGGAGGGAAUCAAACAAUUCUUCGUCGCCGUCGAACGUGAAGAGUGGAAGUUCGACACCUUGUGCGACCUUUACGACACGCUCACCAUCACUCAAGCUGUCAUUUUCUGUAACACGAAGAGGAAAGUGGACUGGUUGACCGACAAGAUGAGAGAGGCCAACUUCACCGUCUCAUCCAUGCACGGAGACAUGCCGCAGAACGAUCGUGACGCUAUCAUGGGCGAAUUCCGUGGGGGCUCCUCAAGAGUUCUCAUCACCACCGACGUGUGGGCUCGUGGGUUGGAUGUUUCUCAGGUUUCGCUAGUCAUCAACUAUGACCUUCCCAACAAUCGUGAGCUGUACAUUCAUCGCAUCGGUCGCUCUGGCCGCUACGGAAGGAAGGGUGUGGCCAUCAACUUCGUCAAGGCUGACGACAUCCGCAUUCUUCGUGAUAUUGAGCAGUAUUAUUCGACGCAGAUUGAUGAAAUGCCAAUGAACCUCGCUGACCUUGUAUAAGAGAAGAUUUUUCGCUGCCUCGCUCGAGCCUUUGCAGGCCUGUGGAUAAACUUGAAGCAUUCGAAGUAAAUUAUUAGAGUUUGUGA